GCGUGUCUCCGUUCUGCUUACCUGGAGAAAGGCCGGGCAGUCACCACGCACAACAUGAAGGGCCGCGUUCCCUGUCAUCAGCGGAGUCGAUGUGCUUCACCUUUCCCGACGCUAGGUCUGAUGACCCAUGCGAUGUCUGUCCGUCUCUGAGAGUACUUAAAGACGGACGACGGAAGGCAUUCUGAACAUGUCUCUCUCAAUCCAACCCAACUUUCUACACUCCUUCAUUCACAUCUACUCGUCCACGAUGCUCUUCUCUAUCGCCUUUGCUGCUACUCUCUCUUUGGCAUCUGCCACUCCACUCAAGCGUUGGGGAGGAGGAAGUCAGGACACCGGCUGCCUCAUCAACGGGAUCAGCAUCCUUGACUGUACCAAUAUCAACGUUUCUGACAUCCUCAACGGUUUGACGGCGGACCUCUUGAAGCGGGACCCAUGUCCUACUUGCGAUGGAGGCAGUGGGCAAUCAUCUGCAUGCGAAGUCAACGGUAUUAGUCUUUUGGACUGCUCGAACCUCAACGUCGGGGACUUGCUCAACGAUCUCGGACUUGACAUCCUCAAGCGCAACCCUUGCCCCACUUGCGGCGGUAACGAGCCUCCCAGCCAAUCGUCUGCCUGUGUCAUCAACGGCAUCAGCAUCCUGGACUGCACCAACCUUGGAAGUCAGGACACUGGCUGCUUGAUCAAUGGCAUCUCGAUCGCCGAUUGCUCCAACAUCAAUGUUCAGGAUAUCCUCAACGAUGGCUUUGCCAGUAUUCUCAGGCGAGGCUGGGGUGGCCACUCACCCAGCCAAGACACUGCUUGUCUCAUCAAUGGCAUCAGCGUUGGCGACUGCACCAACAUCAACGUAUCAGAUAUUCUCAACGAUGGCGUUGCGAGUAUCCUGAAACGGGACGGUCUUCGACCCAAGCCCAGAAGCAGCACCGGCUGUGUAGUCAACGGCGUGAGCGUGCUGGACUGCACCAAUCUCAAUGUUGGGGACAUCUUGAAUGGACUCAUCGUCGAUCUGCUUUGAAAGAGAACGUAAACAUCAGCGGACAAUAAGUGGUUUCAGCUUCUUUCCCGCCUUCGAUCUUAUGUAGCAAUGCCGUCUUCCUUCU